UCCAAAUAAAUCGAUACUAUAAAUCUGCAAAAAAUGACUCUUUAAAUUGCAUAGGUUUGAAGCAUAGAUCAUGUAUUUUAAGGUUUGAAGAAACAACAUCACUGAAAUGCGGGAUUAAGCUCAUUGCAUUGGUUGAAGUAAACAAAAAGGAAAUUCUCAUCUCAUCUCAGACUCUACAGACUCUACUUCUGUUUUACUCAUAUUUAAAGGAUGACUGUUGGUGGAGGAAACGUGACAAGGAGCAAAUGUCGGACGUGCGGGGAAAAAUUAAUGGACACGGGUAAUUUCCAAAUCAAAAUUGUGAAAGCGAAACCUAUUCCAAUAAAAAUAAGAAAGUUGGUCAAGUCUGGAAAACUGGACGAAAGCAAAAAAGAUAUUCUGAAACAGACAAAGUUUGGACGGUUUCUUCUCAAACGAGUGGAUCAAGCAAGUAACGCUGUCGAAAUCACUUGUGGUCAGUGCUCAUCAUCUUGCCAGAUUGUUACAAAGAAGCCAAGGAGAAUGUUUCCUCAGAGCCUAAACAGUUUCCCAGCCGUUCUUAAUUCUUCCGAUAUUACAAGUUCUCCGUCAUCAUUUCAUUCGGCAGUGUCCAAACGACGAAAGAGGCGAAAUAAGGAGGUAAAUGCUGGUCUAUUCAUCCCCACACCAAACUCAAUGGAUACGACUGAGGUGAAUAACUCCCCAUCCAUUUACGAGUUCAAGUCGGAUACCCCCCAAAAUUCGAAUUCAAACCACAAUAAAUCAGUUCCACCCUUGUCCAAACCAGUUGUAAGCAAGGAAAAAGAGAUGGACAAUUUGAGAAAAGUAUUAUUCAAGUCUAAAAAGAAAGGGCAACAAGAAACAGCUAAAACGAGUCUGAAAGAUUUUCUUUCUUCUAUGUGACAAUGUAGAGAAUUUAAGUAAUAAAACGUAUAAAAUAAGGUUA